CACAGUCUCGCCAUUGUUUUGUACGUUGGUACAGAUAGACGUGUCUUGAGAGCUCUUGAAUUUCUCCUUGGGUUUUGUUACUGGAUAGCCUUAACAUUUGCCUUGGACAUUUUCUUGUUGGAUUAUCUUGACCCCUGUUUAGGGGUUUUAGCGACAAGUCUAAGUUUUGGUCGUAGUCUAAGUUCAAGACUCUAUUUCAAGUUUUAGCGACAAGUCUUAGUAGUGAUCUUAGCUUGGUGUCAAGUCUAUGUGUUAGACUCUGUGUCAAGUCUAUGUGUUAGACUCUGUGUCAAGUCUCAGUGUCAAGACUUGGUCUUCCAGUCUCAGUUCUAUAUUGAGAGUACAACUUUAGGUCUACAGUCUACAGGACUGAGGUCUUCCUCCCAGUUGGUCGUAUGGUGUGCAGGUUGGUUUUUACAUGAGUCUGAGGUUCAAGAUUCCAGACUGCGGGUUUCAGUCGUCAGACCUGAUGUUAUAGUAUAAUCUAUGAGCUUCUAUUUUGGAAUUGUCGUCAGCGUAUAGUACCUGAUCUAGAGACCAGAUCUACAUAUAUUAUCAGUUGUUGUUUGAGAUUGAAGAUCUAUGUGAUCCAUUGAACUACCUAUUAUAGUUAAGGUGCUGAAGCAAUAAAAAUAUUAAACUCUGAAAAAAAAACAUGAUCAUUGUCUUAGGAAUCAAAAGAUCUGUUCAUUGUUGGCUCUGGAAUCAAUACCCUUCAUGUUCUUCAUCCCUGAAACCUACAGAAUCUGUAACAAAAUGAUGCUUUAAAAAACACAGACUAAUAUAUUUUUUGUUGUUGAUUGUUAUUUACCAGAACCAUGGCCAGAUCAACUAGAACUGGAAGUGCGCUGUCCAACUUAUCAGUACACAGUGGUAGCCAAGACAUGGACGAAUCAGAUGCUCUCUUGCCUUCUUAUGCUGAGCUAGAAAGGAAAAAAAAAGAUGAAGAAGGCUCACAGUGUAUUGCUGCUCGUCAUGUUUUAGCCAUUAUGGCCUUUCUUGGCUUUGUCAAUGUUUAUUGCCUCAGAGUGGAUCUCAGCGUGGCAUUGGUGGCUAUGGUCAACUCAUCAUCCUCCAGUUCUAACUCCAGUAAAAGUACGGAUUGCCCAGCCCCAGGCAAAGAUAACUCCACUUCACCAGCCAAGGUGGGAGAGUUCGACUGGGAUGAAACCACACAGGGCUACAUCCUGGGAGCCUUCUUCUAUGGCUAUAUAGUCACUCAAGUGCCAGGCGGGUGGCUUGCCUCCAAGUUUGGUGGGAAGAAUCUGUUUGGAUAUGGUGUACUGUGUACAUCUGUCCUAACACUCAUCACUCCAGUGGCUGCAAGAUACAGUGUUUACCUGUUGAUUGCUGUUAGGGUUUUGGAAGGCCUAGGAGAGGGUGUUACAUUUCCAGCCAUGCAUGCCAUGUGGGGCAGUUGGGCACCAGUCUGGGAAAGAAGUAAAUUGGCAGCUUUCACAUAUGCAGGAGCUCAGUUAGGGACUGUCAUCUCAAUGCCCGUUUCAGGCCUGCUGUGUGACAGUGACUUUGGUGGCGGAUGGCCUUCAGCUUUUUAUGUUUUUGGAUCUUUAGGCUGUGUUUGGUUUGUGGCCUGGAUGUUUCUUGUUCACAACACCCCUGCUGAACAUCCUCGGAUAUCUACGUCAGAAAGGGAAUACAUUGAAAGCUCAGUGGGGAAGAGAGAACAUAUUAAGACACCAUGGCUACAGAUACUGACUUGUCCAGCUCUCUGGGGGAUAAGCCUGGCCCACUUCACCAACAACUGGUGCUACUACACACUCUUGACAUGUCUUCCUGCUUACAUGUCCAACAUUCUCAGGUUCAACUUGAAAGAGAAUGGUUUGCUCUCAGCCAUGCCGUAUGCUGUCUGCUUCUUGACCCAGAACACAUCAGGAGUGCUAGCUGACUUCCUUAGAGGGCGUGGCUACCUUUCAACUGGAAAUGCUCGUAAACUGUUUACAUCAAUUGGUUUGCUCUCCCCUGCUAUAUUUCUGAUUGUUGUGAAUUACGUUGGUUGUGAUCAUGUCCUGGCUGUUUUAUUCUUGACUCUGUCAGUUGGCCUUCAAGGAUGCAUUAUGGGUGGAUACAACAUAAACCACCUUGACAUAGCUCCUAAAUUUGCAGGUGUUCUUAUGGGUAUAACUAACUCAUUAGGCACAAUACCUGGGUUCAUGGGUCCAGCUGUUGUUGGUUAUUUGACUAAUAAUAAUCAAACUCGUGGGCAGUGGCAAAUUGUCUUCUAUAUAACAGCUGGCAUGUGUUUCGUCGGAGCUAUAGGUUAUGACCUUUUGGCGAAAGGUGAGGAGAUGCCCUGGUCUCGGCUACCUCACAAGGAGCAAGAGAUCAUUGUACCAGAGAGAACAAGGACGCCAGUGACCAGGUCAGGCCGGCCAGUGAGCAUAGGGUCUGUUAAUGUCAAUUCAUCUGACACUGACCUUCUUGUUCCACCCCCAGAAAACAAUCAAUGAUUGCACAACUGUUGUGUAAAUAAGUUUCAGUACACAAUAGUUGAUUACACAACUGUUGUAUAAAUAAGUAUUGUUUCUGGUUUAUAACAAACUUUAGUUGUGUGGACUAGAUUCCAGUCAUUUAGGAUUAUUUAAGAGCAAGCUCAUUCAUGUUUGCAAAUCUUUGAACAGCUGACAGGUGAUAGAUUCUUAUCAAAACAUUUCUGUUGAACAGGACCUGGUUGGAUUAGAUGUGCUUCAUCAUAAAAUUUUGGCUUAUGAAAACUUUGAUACUUGGCUCAAUUAUGCUUCAUUGUAAAACAUAUGCGUUGUGUUAUUGAUGACUUGUACAGCACAAAUGCUCUUCAUUCCACAACUUUUGCUUGAAGUGUUGAGGUAUUUGGAUCAUACAAUGUUUAUUAUUACUUCAAGAACACUCAUGAAAUGGCAGUUUGAAAUUGGUGCAAAGAACCACAAAACUUAUUGAGAUCACUUAUAUUCAACUUGAUCUAUGUCUCAUUUUAUAAUAAUCAGAACUAAACUUUUGGUUUAUCUACUAAUAAUUAGAUUUCAUCGAUGCAAUUUUUUUGUUAUUGUUAUAUGUCACCGUGGAAACCAAAUAUACUUUUAUCAUUCUAAACUCAGCAUGUCUCAACCAGGACGUGAAGCCUGUUCAUUAAGAAAGAAUUAGAAGGUUUCAUUCUGAUCUAGGAAUUUCUAUGACUUACAAUGUGUAUAUUUUUAUCUGGUUGAAAGUUUCUAUAAACACAUGUUACAUAUUUUUCAGUGUCUUUCAAAGUAUUAUUUAAUACUAGAUAUUUCAAGGUCGGAAGAAUAUCGUAUAUUUUUUUCUCUCGUUUUUAGUUUUAAUAUUACAUUUUUGAGGUAUUUUAAAAUAUCUCAUUUACAAGUUGUAAGAUUGUGAUAAUGUUUUGUUUUUUUGUGUAAAGUAUAUUCUUGUGUAAAAACUCAAAUUUACAUUUAUAUGUUUUUUUCUUGUGACACAUUAUUUAUGACUUUGUUAUUUUGAAAUAUUAGAAAUGAAUAGAGAUUUUUCAGUAAACAGAUGCAGCUGUUUUGAGUUUGUUAGCUACAGUCAGUCAUACAAUGCUUAUAAUGCAUCUUUCGAUGAAGUGACAGUCUGGGUAUUAAUGUAUUUGAAUCUAAGGAUGCAAUAAAAAACUUUGACCUGCCAUUAGGGUGGCUUUAGGACAAGUUCAAAGUUCAAUGGCAGAGUCCACAGACAACUUAGGGGGAGGUAUUUCUCCUUAUGCUUGUCACUAAUAAGUUUAAUAAGUUGACAGAGAAUAAAGGAGACAUCAGUGUUUAGUUGCUUGUUUAAUUUACAGCAAACUUUGAAGUCUUGCAAUGAAAUGUUCAGUUUUAACAUUAAUGAAAAAGGGACAGCUUUGAAACUUAUAUGUUCUUGUAAUGAAAGCAGGUUUAUUUGAUAACAUGAUGGCAGCUCUUUUUUAAGUCAACUUUAUCAUAAUUUGGGAGUUUCUUUGCCCACUUGUGGUCCAUUGAAGUUUUUUUAUAAUCUAAACAUCUGCUAGAGUUAAAUUUAUAUAAUAUGAACAAGUACUUUUUUAAAUCAGUAACCUUUCCUCUAUAUAUAUAAUUCUCCUCUUCCCUCAAGAGUUUGGAUGAGAAGAAGUAAAGGAAAGAUCAUUCUCUUAUUUCUGCGGAGUAAAAAAAAAAGGGGGGGGGAUAACAAAUAGUAUUCACAAGACACAAUAAAGCAGGGCUGGACUUAACCGUUGUGACCGAGAAGUCAUGGAAAGAUCACUCUUUUUUAUUUCUACCCCACGUAGUUUUAGCCACGAAAAAAAGAGGGCGUGGGAGGAAAACAAAUAAUCUAAAUAGCAGGGCCGGACUCAACUGUUGUGGGGCCCUAUGCGAAACGGAUUUCGUGGGGCCAACUUUUGGGUAGGGAUAGGGAUAAUAAGGGAAAUUUAAGAGUUUGUAUUAGAAAAUAAAUUCAUCUUUGCAUUUUAUUCAUUCUUUACUACGUACAGAACUACUUUACGAGCCUUGCGUGUAGUGAAGUCAUAUAGUAUAUCAUAAGAAUUCUAUUUCCUACAUAGAUCACGCUCAAUAGCAGAAUUACCAAAUGUUUCAAUCUAUCUACGAAAAUUGUUGACCUCAAGUAAUUCUUCAUUAGUUUGAUGCCUAAGAAGCUUCUUUCACUAGAUUCCACAAUUACGGGUAUUGCAUAAUGCGUUUUUUUUUAAUCUCACGUAAGAUAGGCGUUUUCCAUAUUGAAUGACACCCCAAUAUAACAAUUUUUGUCUAUAUAUUUCAGGAGACUGGUAUGAUUUUUCUACUAAAGAUUUUAAUAAUUUCUGGAUAUUUCCAAGACUAUUUCGCAUAUUUUGCAAUUUCAGGAGAAUUCCAGGAGCUCCUGUUAAAUCAACAGGAGGCCUCGGGAAAUCUGUUAUAAGUUGUAAAAUAAUUUAAUUUAAUAAUUUACACCUAGAAGAAAUCAUGUAACUUCAAAAUUAUCCCUGAGGACAGUAUCAGUCUCAAAGGGCAAAGUUUCUUUAAAUGUAUUUAUUUUUGUCUUGAGUGUACAACAGCCUCCUGAAACCAACAGUGCUAAUAUUUAGCACAAAAUAUUUGGAUCAGUCAAUACCCUGCUUGUUAUUAGAUUAUAAAAUUUCUUUCUUUUAUUGUAUUGUUAUUUGUAACAUUGGAUGUUUGGUUUGCUUUAUCAAUGACUUUGUUACUUGACAUAUUUGUUACUACUUAACAUGCUAACAAAACAAUAAAUUUGAAAUUAAUUUAAAAGCUAAAAAAAAAACAAUUUAUUUAGGAUUAAACAUUUUUGUGUCGAAUGGUGCACCAAUAGUGCUUUAAUCUGAUUUAAAUUUAAUAUAAAGUUAAUGAAUUAGUUCAACAAUAUUUUUGGACAUUUUGGGGGAGAUUAAAGAAAAAAAACAACAGUAGGUCGUUAUGCUGGCCACAAUAUGGUUGAAAACAGAAAGAAAUUUAAAAAAUAUUUAGGAAUGCAGAAAUAACUAGAGGUGUAACUGUUCAUGCAGUUAAAAGGGAGGGGAGGAACUUGUUGUUAGUAGAGUCAUUGUUACCAUACAAUCUUUCUUCUAUUACUGAUGUGAUCCAGCCAGUAUGAUCUAACAGUUGAUACACAUAUCUGGUGUGGUUGUCUUAUGGUGUGUGUUUUUUUUUUAUUAUUGCUCUUCCCACCAUUAACAUCAUUGUGAACAUAGCUUUCUCUUUAACAAAUGUUAGACUGUAUUAAUCUUAAACAAUGCUGUAAUUAAAAAUAUGGCACAAAAAAAAACAUUUGAAGAAGAAUGACACAUGA